AUGUUUUAUAUCAGCAAUUGUGUCGAUAUGAAUUGGUAUCGAAAUGAAACAUCGUCAAAAAUUGUACCACCGUAUAAAAAGUCCUAUACAAUAUUACAAAAUGAUAUAUUGAAUAAACUAGUAAAUGUCGAUAUUGAGAUAUUACAUGAUAGUGAUGAAGCAGCUACAUUAUUAGUGAAAAAUAUUCAUUGUGCAGCAAAAACAAUGUCAGACAAUCUUAGUCAAGCGGUACAUGCUAGCGAUCUUAUUCUAGAUAUUGUCGAUGAAGCAUUAGUGAAUACGGCAUCGGAUAUUAUUCAACAAGAAAGUGAAAUACAUCGUACACAAAUGAGUAUUAAUCGUGUAAAUACGGGCAUUCAAGAUACACAAUUACGUUUACAUAGAGCAGAAAUAUCAUUUCGUGAGAAAGAACAUGGCCUUGAUCUUGCAAAUGAACAAUUAAAAAGAGCUCAAGAAGAUGUUGAAGAUGCUCGACUAUGUCGUGGUAAAAGAUUUAUCGGUAGCUGGUGGAGACAAAAUGUUGUUCAACCUGUGGAAAAAACGGUUAAACAAGUGAUUGUAAAACCAGUUUGUCGAGUGGUUAACUAUCAUGGUAUCGAAAGUGCAAAAGACAGGCGUAGUUCAGCGUCCGAUGCUGUUAAUCUAGCUAGACAAGAUGUUUCUCAUUUAAAAAGUCAACUGAGUGAUUUGACAAGGAAUCGAGAAAUGUACGUUAAAGAAUUAGAAAUAGAAAAUAAACGGUCAGAAGUAUUGAACAAUACGUUGACAGAAAUGAAAGAAAGACAAUUGUUAGUAUCAUCAAUAACAUCUCAGUUAAAAGCAGCUAAUCUUUACCUAACAAAUUUUUACGGUACAUCUACAAUUCUCGUGGAUGAAAUAAAACGUUUAGUUGAUUUUGAACGAUUAAUUACGCCGUUGAAUGCUGUAUAUAAUGAAAUGUUAAAUAAUCAUGUGAUGUCGGCAUUUGCUGGAGGACAAAUAUCUGUCGAAACAGUUGAACAUGUAAAAACGAACUUAGACAUAUUAGAAGUUGUUUUACCAAAUAUGCCACCUAUUGAUCGGUAUACUCAAUGUUACUAA